AUGUCCAAGUCAUGGAAAGCGACCCUGAAACUUCCCAAGUCCAGUUUUCCGGCCCGUCCGAAUCCGAAGCUUCAGCAGAGAUAUCUGCGGAACAGCAGCGAUGAUUUAUACCAAUGGCAGACGAAUUGCCGGCCCCAGAACGACCCCUUCGUCCUGCACGACGGCCCCCCAUACGCCAACGGCCCGUUGCACAUUGGCCAUGCCAUCAACAAGAUCCUCAAGGACAUGAUUGUCCGCACCCAGGUGCAGAGCGGAAAGCGAGUCGUGUACGUGCCAGGCUGGGACUGCCACGGCCUCCCGAUUGAGAUGAAGGCCCUGGGCUCCAAAACCGCACGCGAACAGAGCCCCGUAAAAGUGCGCGAGUUGGCGACAAGGCUGGCCAGCAGGACGAUUGCCGAGCAAAUGAAGGGAUUCCAGUCGUUCGGAAUCAUGGCCGACUGGGAGAACAAGUGGACCACCAUGGACCGCGAAUACGAAACGAGGCAGUUGAGGGUGUUCCAGAAAAUGGUGCGUCACGGGCUGAUCUACCGCAAGCACAAGCCUGUCUACUGGUCCGUGUCGUCCAGGACGGCGCUGGCCGAGGCCGAACUGGAGUACCGCGACGACCACGUCUCCCAGGCGGCAUAUGUCAGGUUUCCGAUUGUUUCGGGCUGGACUUCGAUACCGGCGCUUGCUGGCUUUGACGGUCCUCUCUACGCCGCUACAUGGACGACAACGCCGUGGACGCUCCCUGCCAACAGGGCCAUCGCGGUGCACAACGACCUGCUCUACUCGUUGUUGCGAGUUGGCGACUACGGGCUUUUGGUUGGCUCGAGCCGUGUCGGCGCCAUGCGAGACGUGCUCCCCGCCUUUGAAAUCGUCGCCGACUCCAUCAGCGGCUCGGAGAUGGCUGGGUUGGGAUACCGAAACGCGCUGCGCGGAAAGGGGGCGGCGGAGCAGCCCAUUGUUCAUGCCGACUUUGUAUCUGCCGAUUCGGGCACGGGGCUGGUGCAUCUGGCGCCCGGGCACGGUCAGAAUGAAUACGAAGUGUGUGCCGGGCUGGGCAUCGAUGCGUUUGCGCCUGUUACGGACGAGGGCUUCUUUACGCGGCACGCGUACCCCAACCAGCCUGAACUGCUCACUGGCGCCCCUUCGGUUUUGGAAGGCGGCGGCAAGGCUGUCUUGGAGUUGAUAGGGGAGGACGUUCUCGCCACGCACGAUGUCCGGCACAAGUAUCCGUACGACUGGCGCACAAAACAGCCCGUUGUUGUGAGAGCAACGGCGCAGUGGUUCGCGGAUGUGGGACGCAUCAAGGAGGGCGCGCUCCAGGCACUGACAAAUGUACGCUUCGUUCCCGAAUCAGGGAGGUCUCGCCUCGAGAGCUUCAUCAAGGGCAGAAGCGAGUGGUGCAUUUCACGACAGCGGUCAUGGGGGGUUCCGAUCCCGGCCCUUUACGAUGAGGCUGGAAAUGCCGUCAUGGACGAUGAAUCGAUUGAGCACAUUAUUUCUGUGAUGCAACAGCGAACGUCGCAGGCGUGGUUCUCUGAUCCGGUUGACGAUCCUGCCUGGGUGCCGGCAAAUCUCCAAGGCAGAUAUCGCCGAGGGACAGACACCAUGGAUGUAUGGUUCGACAGUGGCACCAGCUGGAUGGAAAUGGGAGGGCCUGCGGAUGUGUACCUUGAAGGCUCUGACCAGCAUCGCGGCUGGUUCCAAUCGAGCCUCUUGACGUACGUUGCGUCGCAAAAGGCGGACGGUGUGCCGGACGCAGAGAUCCAACCGCCCUUCAAGACGCUCAUCACGCACGGGUUCACUCUGGACGCCCAGGGCAAGAAGAUGUCCAAGUCCCUUGGCAAUACCAUCGUUCCUGGGGAAGUCAUGGACGGACGACUGCUGCCACCGCUCAAGACCAAGGGCAAGGAUGGCGGCAAAGACGGGCCUCGUUUCGACGCCCUUGGUCCGGACGCUUUGCGACUGUGGGCUGCCAGCUGCGACUUUACAUCUGACAUCUUGGUUGGGGCGUCCAUUCUGCAAACAAUCCACAGUGCCCUCGUCAAGUACCGCACCAUCCUGAAGAUGGUGCUCGGGUCGCUGCACGAGUCGAGUCGCUGCGCUCCGCUCACCAAGCUGGAUCAAAUGGCCAUUGUGCAAUUAUCCGACACCAUGGGUCAGGUCUGGCAGGCUGUCAGGAACUACGAGUUCCACAAGGCGACGGGCCUGAUCAACCGCUGGGUAGCCACAGAUUUGUCUGCUUUCUACCUCGAGGCCCUCAAGGAUCGCCUCUACUGCGGCGACGGAGGCGGCGCUCUCGAACCCAUCUUUAUUGGGUUCCUGCGCAUGCUGGCACCCAUCACUCCGACGCUAGUCGAGGAAGCAUGGUCCCAUCGGCCGUCGUGGAUGGAACGCGAUGUCAACCUGGACCAUCCAGCCCGGCAACUAUACGAGUCCCCGCUGAUGGACUCAUCCCGAUUAACAGUCGAUCCGGACAAACUUCGACGCGAUGCAGCGUCCCUGGAGCUUGUCCAUGCUGCAGUCAAGGCCGGGUUGGAACAAGCACGUGAGGCGAAGGCCCUGGGCAGCUCCCUUCAAUGUUCUGUUGUCAUCAGGACCGAGAACAGCGAGCUGCUGACCCUUCUCGGCGAAUACCUCGACGAGCUUGACGCGAUAUUUGUAGUGUCACAUGUGGACGUAAACAAGGCCGUGGAUGACGGAGGCGCGUGGUGCUACACAAAGGGAUUCGAGCUCCCCGCAGCGCCCGGGGGCAUGGUGCAUGUGCUGCCUCCGCGGCUGGACAAGUGCUCGCGGUGUUGGAGGUACCUCGCCGCGAGGGAAGACGGGCUUUGCGAUAGAUGCGAGGGCGUGGUUGGCCGUGUCGCCGCUGCCGCGUAG